UACAUCAUUGAUGCUCGUUAUUUUUGCAUUAGUGGUAUCUUGUGAAUAGCCGCAACUUUGACUAUCAACGCUGUGAAGGACUAAAGGACAUAACUGGCUUUCAAGUACUAUUGAUAAGGAACAUGCUGGAAGAUUCUCUGAAUGAAGAUGCUGACAACAUGAAGGAAGUUCCUUUGAAGCCGGGUCGGUCCGACACCGUGGAUCUGUCCGAUACACACCUACAUGUGGAUAUAUCGGACGCCCUCAGCGAGCGCGACAAGGUCAAGUUCACAGUCCACACCAGGACGACGCUGCCCUACUUUGCCAAGCCAGAGUUCUCUGUGGUUCGCCAACACGAGGAGUUCAUCUGGCUUCACAACUGUCUGCAGGAGAAUGAGCGGUACUUCGGCCUCAUUAUUCCUCCGGCGCCACCUAGACCGGACUUUGACGCGUCCAGGGAGAAACUGCAAAAGCUGGGGGAGGGCGAGGGCAACAUGACCAAGGAGGAGUUCAACAAAAUGAAGCAGGAGCUGGAACAGGAGUACCUGGCUACGUUCAAGAAGACGGUGGCCAUGCACGAGACUUUCCUGACUCGUUUGGCCUGUCACAACGUGUUCCGUGAGGAGCACAACUUUACGGUCUUUCUGGAAUACGAUCAAGAUCUGUCGGUGCGCGGCCGGAACCGCAAGGAGCGGCUCGAGGGACUCAUGCGCUCGUUCAGCAAGACGACCGACGAGCUGCUGCUGCAGGCCACGCAGCGCGACGUCGACGAGUUCUUCGACCACGAGAAGAGCUUCGUGCUCGUCUUCCACGAGCACAUCAAGGAGGCGACGGCGCGCGCCGACCGUAUGACGCGCAGCCGAAAAAACGUGGCCGACUGUUACAUCAAGGUGUCGGGUGGGCUCUCGCUGCUCGGCACGGUCGAGAGCAACGAGCUGGACCGCUUCCUGCACAGCGUCUCCGAGAUCUUCGAGAAAGUCAGGAAAAUCGAGAACCGCGUGACGAGCGACGAGGACCUGAAGCUGUCGGACCUGCUGCGGUACUACCAGCGGGACGCGACGGCCGUCAAGGCGCUGCUGUACCGGCGGCUCCGCUGCCUGGCCGACUACGAGCAGGCCAACAAGGGACUCGAGAGGGCGCGCGCCAAGAACAAGGACGUGCACGUGGCCGUGGAUGUCGUGGACGCGGAGAUGGCCCAGCAGCAGGCGUGUGAGAGAUUCGAGCAUAUCUCGGGGAAGGCCAAAGAAGAGCUGAAAAGCUUCAAAACCCGGCGGGUAAAGGCAUUCAAGAAGCAUCUAGUGGAGCUUUCUGAGCUGGAGAUAAAGCACGGAAAGGCCCAGGUGGACAUGCUCCGAGGCUGCAUAGCCACGCUGAAGGCAGCCUCGUAGGUGGACGGCCUUCGGGCUCUGCAGACGUCAUUGCCGCGCCUCCGCCCAGAGGGGGCACGUCACCGCCGGCCUGGCCCGGUCCCGCUGACCCGACCCGACGGUCGUGACCCACCGGGCUACCGCGCCGUCACCCCGCCGUCGCCGUCUUCAGG